AUGGGGGAGCCCUUUCCGAAAGCUGCCACGGCAGUGACGGAGCGCCUGACAGCCGAGCAGAUCAAGGAGUACAAGGGGGUCUUUGAGAUGUUCGACGAGGAGGGCAAUGGGGAGGUGAAGACCGGAGAGCUGGAGCGGCUCAUGAGCCUGCUGGGCAUCAAUCCUACCAAGAGUGAGCUGGCCUCCAUGGCCAAGGACGUGGACAGAGACAACAAAGGAUUCUUCAACUGUGACAGCUUCCUGGCCCUGAUGGGGAUUUACUGGGAGAAGGCCCAGAACCAGGAGGGCGAGCUGAGGGCAGCGUUCCGUGUCUUCGACAAGGAGGGCAAGGGCUACAUCGACUGGGACACGCUCAAGUACGUGCUCAUGAACGCAGGUGAGCCCCUCAAUGAGGCAGAGGCCGAGCAGAUGAUGAAGGAGGCUGACAAGGACGGGGAUGGGACCAUUAACUACGAGGAGUUUGUGGCCAUGAUGACCGGAGAGUCCUUCAAGCUGGUCCAGUAG